AUGCUAUUUCAUACGAUUCCAAAACAUAUCGAUCCUUCUUUAGAGCAUCUGCAAUACGAAGAGCUAAAUGAUAUGUCACUUGCAGAUAUUAUUGAUAUUUGUCGUGAAAGAAACUUACCUACAGAAGGGAAAAAAUCGCAGUUGAUUAGUGAUCUCUUAUUUUGGAAAGAUCAUACAGUGCCAAUACCAGCACCUUCAACACCACGCUUGAAUUCGUUAUCUGAUCUUCAAAAUAUGGAAUCCUCUACAAUGACGCAUCAGCAAGAUGACAGAGUCUUGUUAAACUCGAAAGAGUUUUCAUUACUGUUUUUGGAUGAAGAUUCACCCACUGGUAUGGAUAUACCAUAUGGAGAUUUAACGUUCGGUAAAAAAAUUGGAAGUGGAGGCUUUAAAGAUUGCUAUCAAGGAAUAUACAAGGGAGAAGUGGUUGCAAUUGGUGAACUAAGAUUAACUCACUUUGGUGAGUUUGACCUUGCAGAAGUCAAGCACGAAAUCAACGUAUUGAAACAACUGCGACAUGAAAAUGUGAUCAAGUUCUUAGGCGUUUGUACAAACCCAAGUCACCUGUGUAUAGUCACUGAAAUUUGCACCAAAGGUGACUUAUUUGAUGUCAUUCGAAACCAUCCAAGACCCAGCUUUGCACAGCAGGUCAUGUACAUGUACGAUAUCGCAUUAGGUGUGUCUUACUUGCACACAAGAAGACCAUCGAUUAUUCAUAGGGAUCUCAAAUCGAUGAACAUUUUGAUUUCACAAGAUGAACGAGCCAAAAUCAAUGAUUUUGGUUUAGCACGAAUUCGACCCAAAGCCAACUCCCUGAUGCAUACACAAUGUGGAACACCGAAUUGGCAAGCCCCUGAAUUUUGGACUUCGAAUCCAAGCUACACAGAAAAAGUGGAUGUAUAUGCAUGUGGACUUAUAUUUUGGGAAAUAAUGACUUGGGGAGCUUACGGUUAUCCGUUCCAAAAUUUAGCAGAACAUGCAUUAUAUGUUGCUGUAAAGCAGCAUGAUGUACGACCUCCCAUCUCAAAACUCACAGGAUUGUACCCUCGUAACCUUUUGGUUCUUGUCAUGGAGAUGUGGGAAACCGAUCCUACGCUGCGACCAUCCAUGAAUCAUGUUGUUGAAAGACUGUCUACGUACUUGCUUUAA